CAAUCACGUCUUCGGAUAACUUCCACGACAUUCUACACACACAGUCUCAACAUGCUAUUCUCGAAGCUCACACUUGUGUCCCUUAUUGCACUCUCACAGGCCAAGAAUGUUGUCGAUUUGAGCCAACUGCAAAUAGAUCUCUCCAAGAGAGAAGGACAGGAGCCUCUGUUUGAGGAUCCUUCAAGUGUUGAUGGUAUCUAUAUUCCAAAAGGUGAAGAGCCUCAGAAGGGCCCUACGCUCCUAGUUUCGGGCAUUAAUGUUAAUACAGAGAUUUCUGUUUUCGCAGGGUAUGUGAGGGACGACAUCGACGUUGCUUCUCGCUUCAACGAUGCCAAAAAGCAGACAGUUGUAUUUGCCCCAACUGAUAGUGGGAUUGAAACCCUUCCACUAAAGCCAUGGCAGUUCCCAACUACUGUGGAUGAAUCCAAAUCGGAGGAGGAGAUAAAUGCCAUUAUACAAUCAAAUGUGGAUGAUUUCAUCAAGAGCCAUUUGGUUGAUGGUGAAGUUCCAUUCGAGGUUUUGAACUCUGAAAGAUCUAAUUUGGGUGCUAAGUUGAUGAGUGAAAAUGGUAAGGUGAUCAAGUUGGUGAACGACGAAGGUGAUUACUACGUCUCGUCUGGUGAGAGUAACGAAUGGUUGAAAGUUCAAAAGGUGACUAAUGUCGACAACGGUGCAAUUUUGGUGAUCGAUAAGCCUUUGAGCUCGCCUUCACUCUUCUGAUAUAAUUUAUACGAUGUUUUAUGAUGAUACUUAUGGGCUUUAAUUUAUAUGAUAUAAACUUUUUCUUUUCCUCGGUACAAA